AUGGAGAUUUACUUAGCCAUCUUUGUAUUUAUCGCACGCGUUGCUCUUGGAUCCCAACCCGGAGAGCGUCCGGCAGCGCUCUGUGGAAAUCCUGGUAAGGACGACUAUACUCUUGUUCAAGACCCGUUCUUUGGCGAUCAGGAUUUCGGCCAGCCUGGCAUCAUCCUCGAGACCGUUUACGGCGACGCUUCUCUACGCUGGUUCAUGAUUUACCAGAAUGGCAUCGACUUCAAACCAAUCGUCCGCGGCUCCACUGUGAACUUCGACAGCCGAGCUCAUAAUCUAGGCACUUGGACAGAGAUCAACUGGGAGAACUACCCACGAGGGUAUGGAGGAGUUUCUGUCAUCGAAGGCAACGACGGAGCUGUCCUCUUCCAGUCCGAAGACGCCGGGGCCCCUAUUAUGGGGUUUCCAAACAAUCUCAUCCCCAUCGCGCCAGAAGAGUGCAGAGCGGUCAAAGACAGCCAGAGUCCAGCGCUGAAGCCGACUGACAAGGAUGGAUAUGACCAACACACCAGGGAGUUUACUAUGGGGAUCCUCGACGACGAGAGAGUGUCAAUCCAUAAGAACUACACCGCAACGGCUAUGUCCCAUAGCGGGAGGUUCAAGGUAACAUUUCUCUACGGGUAUCAUUAA